AAGACAGACUCCACUCCAGACUGCUGCAACUAAGAACCUCUCUCUUCCCACAGCUCCCAGUCAGAGACCAGCAUAUCAGCAGUAUUCCUCAUCUUGCCCCUAGCUACCUGAUGCUGAAGGUUAAAGAUGAGAACAAAAGGAAGACUUCAAGCUGGAAUUGCAGGAGGAUUUGAGAUUAAUGCUGGGUCUGAAAAUUGAGCAAAGGCAUAAUGCCAGGCAUGCUGGUGUAGUCCAAACUACUUGAAAGGCUGAGGCGGGAGAAUCACUUGAGGUCAGGAAUUUGAGAAAUCAGCAUCUGGGAAAAAAUAGUAAUCCUACACUGAAAUAAUUGGAAAAUAUUUUAACUCUUAACAAAUGAAUUCCCCACUUCAAGUCUGCCGAAUUCCUGUGCCACCUCCUCCUUUAGAGAACUGAUCUUAAUACAGAGAUGGGAGUCUCAUGCUGUGUUUCCCAGGCAUGUCUCAAGCUCCUGGCCUCAAGCAAUCCUCUCACCUCAGCCUCCCAAAGUGCUAGAACUACAGAGAUAAAAGAGGAGUAGAAGGUAAAAGAAAAUGCUGGGAACUGACCGUUGUGUUGUGGAAGAAUGGUUAUCAGAAUUCAAGGCAUUACCUGACACUCAGAUCACCAGUUAUGCAGCAACUUUACACCGGAAAAAAACACUUGUACCAGCCCUCUAUAAAGUUAUUCAAGAUUCAAAUAAUGAGCUCCUGGAGCCUGUCUGCCAUCAGCUGUUUGAGCUCUAUCGUAGCUCAGAGGUUCGACUUAAGAGGUUCACACUGCAGUUCUUGCCAGAAUUGAUGUGGGUUUAUUUACGGCUUACAGUUAGCCGAGACAGACAGAGUAAUGGUUGCAUUGAAGCACUUCUGUUAGGAAUUUACAAUUUGGAAAUCGCUGAUAAAGAUGGGAACAAUAAAGUUCUGUCUUUCACUAUCCCUUCCUUAUCCAAGCCUUCAAUAUAUCAUGAACCUUCAACAAUUGGAUCCAUGGCUUUGACAGAAGGGGCAUUGUGUCAGCAUGAUCUCAUCAGAGUUGUUUAUAGUGAUCUUCAUCCUCAGAGGGAAACAUUCACUGCACAGAACCGGUUUGAAGUCCUGAGUUUUCUCAUGCUGUGUUAUAAUUCUGCUAUUGUAUAUAUGCCUGCCUCAUCUUACCAAUCUCUUUGUCGGAUGGGUUCCAGGGUUUGUGUGAGUGGGUUUCCACGGCAACAUGAAAAACAUUGGAAAGAACUCUGUGGUCGAAUAGUAUUGGAUCCUGAAUUUAUGGUGCAACUUCUCACAGGGGUUUAUUAUGCCAUGUAUAAUGGACAGUGGGACCUUGGCCAGGAAGUUCUUGAUGAUAUCAUUUAUAGAGCCCAGCUAGAGCUUUUUUCUCAACCACUAUUGGUUGCCAAUGCCAUGAAAAACUCAUUACCAUUUGAUGCUCCUGAUUCUACACAAGAAGGCCAGAAAGUCCUUAAAGUUGAAGUCACUCCAACAGUGCCGAGGAUUUCUCGGACUGCAAUUACAACAGCUUCAAUUCGUCGUCAUAGAUGGAGAAGAGAAGAUGGCUUUGACUUCUCAAACGAGGCUGACUCGAGUAUUCCUGGCUCCCCGAUCCAACACGGCUCCACUGACCUAGGGAUCAAACGUGUGCAAGAGGGGGAGGUGCUGGUGCGCAGGACCCCUGAGCAUGGCUCGCCGGAGCCCAACUCAGCAACAGCCACAACAGAGGGUGCUGAGGGUGUAAAUGGAGGAGAGGAGUCUGUAAACCUGAAUGAUGCAGAUGAAGGAUUUUCAUCAGGGGCUUCCCUCAGCAGUCAGCCAAUUGGGACCAAACCAUCCUCCUCUUCUCAGAGGGGAAGCUUAAGGAAAGUAGCAACUGGGCGUUCAGCCAAGGAUAAAGAAACAGCCUCUGCCAUCAAAUCCAGUGAGAGCCCUCGAGAUUCAGUAGUUCGCAAGCAGUAUGUACAGCAACCAACUGAUCUUAGUGUAGAUUCAGUUGAGCUGACACCAAUGAAGAAACACCUGAGCCUGCCUGCUGGCCAGGUGGUGCCAAAAACCAAUAGCUUAAGUCUAAUCCGGACAGCCAGUGCUUCCUCAAGUAAAUCAUUUGACUAUGUAAAUGGCAGUCAAGCAAGUACCAGCAUUGGGGUUGGCACUGAGGGAGGUACUAAUUUAGCAGCUAACAAUGCUAAUCGAUACUCAACUGUCAGUCUGCAGGAAGACCGGCUAGGUCAAGCUGGCGAAGGUAAAGAGCUCCUCAGCCCAGGAGCCCCCUUGACCAAGCAGUCUCGAUCCCCAAGUUUCAAUAUGCAGCUAAUAUCCCAGGUGUAGUUUUGACAUCCUCCCUCAUCUUUCUGCUUACCUUUUAAACUGAACAUUUCAUUGUGCAAGAAGACACUUCAUCCCACAUUGUGAAAAUAUUGGUCACUGUUAUCAGAUUUCAUUUAGUUUAGGUAUCUUCAUACUGUAUUUUGUAUCAAAACAGCAAUAAGGUUUUCUUUAUCCCUCUUUCCUACAUCUUCUCUUCACCUAUUCCUUGUAAAUGUGUUUGUGAAGCAGUAUAAAAUGUUUGCCUUUUCCAUGCCUUCCUUUCUCCUUGGGUGAUGUGCAAUCCAUCGUAGGCUGAUCGGUCCCAUUUCAACACUGUGAGACUGAGGAUACGUUAGAGGAAAUGGUGUAUAUGAUCCCUAUGAAACGAUUCUUUGGCUUUUGUUUAAAAACAAAACGGGUUUGUUCUCAUAAUCUAUAGAACUAUGAAGAUUACUGGAUCAUAUUUUUUUCUCUUAACCAGGAGUGCCUCAGAGAUUCUGCUAUGACUUUGGACUUCUCUGAGUCUGUGCAAUCAUUUUCUGGAGAAGCAUGGGGAAAGGUGGUAGACUGCUGCACUUUUUCAUUAAAAUGAGGGUAGCUUUUUCUCCACCCCCCCAUCUCCUUUAUCCCGAAGACAUAAAUGUUCAAUUACGGAGGCAUUUAAAUCAAGUUGUGACCACCUCCAUUGGAGGGCAGGACUCUUAAGUUGAUUGUGUAAUUGAUAAUGCACUUUCUCAAUGGCUCUAUAGUCAUUAUUAACAUGUCUUCCCUCUUCCCCACAAGGACAUAUAAGGUCAUUUCUGUCCUUCAAGUUUGGCCAACUAACAAAUCAGAAUCUGAGGGGCAUGUUCUAUUUCCCAGGAAUGAUUGAUACUUUGGUGCUGGGGUUUUGUGGGGGCGGGGGGGUAGUUUUUGUUUAGCUUGUGUGGAGAUUGUGUGUGUGAGAGGAGAUUUUGAUUUUUUUUUUUCUUUUCCUUUGUGAGCUGAUGGCUGAAGUGUAACAGUACAUCUUCAGGUAAAGAGAGGGAUUUCUCAAUCUACUUUCUGUUAUGUCAGACUAUAAGAGAAACCCUUUCAGCUGCUUUCUAGAUGUACCUAAAUUCAGUCAGAUAUUUUGGAUUAAGAAACCUAAAGUCCUGAUACAUUACAUACUCCAAGGAAAUAUAUCAGGGACAGACAAUUGGCUGAAAACACUGAUACUUCAAUGUGACACAUUUUUAUAGAACAUUUCUACCAGGGGGUACUGACCUUGAUUUCUCCUACAAGGACCACACUGCCUUUGUGUUUAAUGUAAUGCAAUUUGUGUACCUUCUAAUCAUAUAUCUGCAGUUCCUCAUUUUUAUAAAACUUUGAAAUCAUGCCAGUAAGCUAGAUGUUGAAUGUAUGUAAGUAGCAUUUGGUAACUGCUAAGAGGUUACAAAAACAUUAUUGGCAAAAAAAAUUUUCUUAGUUCUCAUCUGGUUGGAUAGAUUUUAUCAUAACCUCUUCUGGGUCUCAGGCUCUGAUGUUUGAAAAAGAAGGGAAUAUAUUGGGUUUUAAAAAAAUGUAUUGUGACUUAAACUGUUAUAAGUUAUCCUUCCACAGAAUACAUCAGAGCUAUUAGUGCUUUGUACAUUUAGAUGUUUUUACUUGAUUAUUAUUUAAGAAAAAUAUACUGAAUUUAUAGAAAGCAAGUAUUCUCCUAAUUAGCAAAGGUUAAAAUUUUAUCUCUACCAUGAAAAUUACAAUAGAUUUUGAUAAAUAACCAGAAAAAACGCCUUUUUUUUUUUCACACCUAGCAAUCCUCCCGUUUUUUAUUGUAAGAACUUUCUUUUUUCUCUAAGAGACUUUCUGUUAGACUCUUUAUAUAUGAGACGCUUGUUUAAAUUUGGUGGUCUGUAACAUUUUCCAGCUCAUGUGAAAAUGGAAAACUAGAACCUGAACUAGUAUCUACAACAUUGCCAAAGUCCAGGGUAAAGCUAAAAGUUGAUAAAUAGACAAUUUAUUGAUUUGUGUGUGUCUGUGUGUGUGUGUAUAUAUAUAUAUAUGGUGUGUAUAUGUAUAUAUCACAAAGUUGUAUUUUAAAUAUUUUAAAUAUCUUUUCUUUUAAUUUAACUAAGGAAUGUCAAAUAAAUGAAAGGAGUUUAAAAAUAGCCAAAAUAAAUGAGCUGUAAAGGCCCAUAACAUACUAAAACAGGCAGUUUCAGGUAUGUAAGGAAAGGAGCAUUAUACUUACCUAGAAAGUGAGAUCUUGGCGAUGGCUGGAGGUCAGUCACUUUAUGGCAUAAAUUAUUUGGGAGAUAAAAAGACUGUUUUCAAUUCAAAUUGUACAUUUAUUGGCAUCUAAAUCUAGCAUGAUUUUAGUUAAAGCACAAAAGAAAUACCACACAAUACCAAAUUACAGCAAAAGUUAGAAUACAACAAAAUUUUCUUUGGCUAGAAAUCUUAUGUUAUACCUGAAAAAUUGGUUUUAAAAAAUGUUCAUCUUGGCUGGGCGCGGUGGCUCACGCCUGUAAUCCCAGCACUCUGGGAGGCUUAGGUGGGUGAAUCAUGAGGUCAGGAGUUCGAGACCAGCCUGGCCAACAUGGUGAAACCCCGUCUCUACUAAAAAUACAAAAAAUUAGCUGGGCGUGGUGGCAGGCGCCUAUAAUCCCAGCUACUCGGGAGGCUGAGGCAGGAGAAUCACUUGAACCUGGGAGGUAGAGGUUGCAGUGAGCCAAGAACGUGCCACUGUACUCCAGCCCGGGCAACGGUGCAAGACUCCGUCUCCGGGAAAAAAAAAAAAAAAAAAAAAAGUUCAUCUUAGAGGAUUUUAUUUAUCUGUAUGUAUAUACAUAUAUGCUUGUAUGUAUACAUACCCACAUUAACAUUUUAUGACCCUGUAACAUUUGUUUUCUGUUCUUUUAGGUGAUAUGAGUUGACCUCAGUGAAGAAACAUGUCAUUUAGCCUAAGCCUUGCAUUCAGGCAGGGUCUUACAACAGAUUUCUUGUGCAAGAAUUAUUAUUAGUUAAAAUGGAAGGUGUUAGUUUAACAAACUGAGAGUCAGAUUUUCUAAGUUUUUAAAUAUGCAUUUUAACAUGUAUUAUUUUUGGCAUUUAAUUUAAAAGUUUUGUUUCAUAUAUACAACAGCUGUUACAGAUAUAUGCCAGCAAUAUUCAUACUUUUUUUAACAAGCUUUUGUUAUAUAUUUCCUCAUUUCCAUAAAAGUCUAAUCAUUAUGAAAAAGAUAUUUAAGGAGAAAAUACUUGUUUUCUGUAAUAGAACAAUUAGGUUGGUGCCAUGUAUGCCAAGUUGGAUAAAAGAAUACAAAGAAAUAUGGCCGGGCGCGGUGGCUCACGCUUGUAAUCCCAGCACUUUGGGAGGCCGAGGCGGGCGGAUCACGAGGUCAGGAGAUCGAGACCACGGUGAAACCCCGUCUCUACUAAAACUACAAAAAAUUAGCCGGGCGUGGUGGCGGGCGCCUGUAGUCCCAGCUACUCAGAGAGGCUGAGACGGGAGAAUGGCGUGAACCCGGGAGGCGGAGCUUGCAGUGAGCCGAGACUGCGCCACUGCACUCCAGCCUGGGCGACAGAGCGAGACUCCGUCUCAAAAAAAAAAAAAAAAAAAAAAACAAAGAAAUAGCUGAAGGUUUUGGGAGCUCGCUCUGACAUUAAUUGCUAGAAAGCAAACUAAAAUGCAAAGUGAGUUAACUGAGAAGAUUUCUCAGUUAACUAACUCAGAAGAUUUGAUUUUUUGAAACAGGGUCUCAUUCUGUCCUCUAGGCUAGAGUGCAGUGGCACUAUCACGGCUCACUGCAGCCUCAACCUCCCUGGGCUCAGGUGAUCCUCCCACCUCAGCCUCUGGAGUAGCUGGAACUCCAGGCAUGCACCACCACACCUGGCUAAUUUUUGUAUUUUUAGUAGAGACGAGGUUUUGCCAUGUUGCCCAGGCUGGUCUUGAACUCCUGGGCUUAAGAGAUCCACCCACCUGGCCUCCCAGAAGUGCUAGGAUUACAGACAUAACUACCACACCUGGCCUGAAGAUUUUUAAAUGUGAAAAUAUUUUAAGAAGCUAAGGGGAAAAUCGUUAUUUUAAAAUCCUGAUCCCCUUACCUUUACCCCUUACCAUUCCCCUUACCUUUCCAAUUCACUUUUCUUUGUCUAUUUAUUAUAGAAUCAGAAUUGUGCUAAGAAGAAACCCUAGAGAUAAUCUAGCUAGUCUCCCACUUCCUCACCCCAACCUUCAUCCUCAAGAAACAGAGGCUCAGAGGUUGUGGUGUGAUCAAGAUCAUAUAACUAAAGCAGAGCCAGAAUCAAAGCCAGUUCCCAUGGGUUUGGGGAGGCAGUGGGUUGUUAACUCCAUUUUUGCAGUUUCUUUAUAGUUCUGGUCUAGUAGUUGGUGAAUACAAUACAUUAAGAAAAGUGUUAAAUACAGAAAAAAUGUAGAGUAAUCUAGAUGGGGAAAUGUUAAGUAUAUCUACAGAUGUAAGGAUCAAUACAUUAUUCUAAUUUAUGCCUUACUAUUUUCUGCCACAUAACAGUUGUAUGCUGCCAUUUUAUAGUUGAAUACAUUUGUUGGGAUUUAUUUAAAUGUAAAAUAAACCCAAUGAAAUGGUUUUGAUCAGUGUUUUCUAGUUAUUUUAAAAUAAUUUUUGAGUCAGCCAGCUUUCAGUCACCAGUGUGGCAAGCUAAUUAUAUUGCACAAUAGAGUAUUGCAACGUAAAGAUUAAAUAAAUUUGAUUCCAUUACUUUUUAAUGUAGAAAGAGACUGAAUCUUAUGCUUAGAGCAAAUGCAAGCAAUAUUUCCUUAUAUGAUUGAAAAAGGUUUUAUAGUGUGAAGCUUAUGAUUCCAUAAUGGAACAGUGACCAUGAUGUCAUUUAAAGUGUGUAUAUACCACAUAAAAUGUCUUAAAUGCAGUAGUCUCAGCUAUAUAAGCUCAGUAUUUCCAGUCUGUAUUCUCAGAUUCCACCUAGUAGCUUUAAAUUAAUUAAAAUUGUUUAUUAGACACUGGAAUACUGAGAAUAACUUCUUUCAGAUUGUUUUGUUUGCACUACUUUUGUGAAUAUUUUAAUGGAGUCCAUUUUUGAGUGCUUCAGUUGUUGACAAUCAGUUGUCUUGUUUAAAUCUCUGCAUGUUCAUAUGUAAAUAAAAAAUGUAGUACCUGUCUUUAGGGGUAGUCCCCUAUUUAUUACAAACACUGGCAAGGAAUAUCUCUGCAUUUCUGACCUUGGAUUACAAGUAUGUUUUGGGUUUUUGUUUUUUAAUCAGUAUUUCAGUUACAUCUUCGUUUUCAGCUUUAAAAAGUUUAACAGGUCAUGCCAAUGAUCAGAAAAUCUGUAAGAAUUUUAGAGCAAUUUUUCUACGUACGGCUAUGUUAAACAGUCUGAACAUAAGACUUUUUAUCUUUCAAGUUGAAGAUUAUUGUCAUCGUUUUACCACCAAGUUGGUUGAGACACUUACUUGCAAUACUUUAAUUUUUUUAAAGUGUUUUUAGAAACAAGUUGUUUGAAAACCAAUUAGAAAUUAGAAUAUUUGCCAGAUUAUAAGAAGAUGGAAUGCAGUGUAAAACUGUUAACAAUGCCAGUAAAAUUAUGAGUCAUCAGAUUGGUACAGUUUUCCAUGCCAAGGUGGUCAUAUUGAUAAUGUAAGACAAAUUUUAGUAUUACUUGCAUUAUGUGUUCCUAAUAGGUAUAUCAUACUGGUACUGAGGAUAUAUAGAAAAUACUAUUCAUAGAGGAGUCAUCACCACCCAACCUCCUUGCCCAUGUAGGCAUAGUUCUUCUGAACCUGACCACACAAGUACAACAUUUUGGUAACUUCAGUCUUUUCAGUAUUUUUGUAAUCUUAGCCAUCGUCCUAUGAGAAAUAUAUGUAAGAGCAAACAAUUCAGGAUAGAAAUUAGCAGAAAGCUGGGAAUGAUGUGAAAUAACUGGCAGCAUAGUACAGAAAUGUAGGGUAUAUGUUUUGCUUCUGGAUUUUUAGAAAUUGUGCUAAUCAUAUUUACAAAUUAAGGCAUAUUCAGAUGUCUGCUAUUAUGUUUAAUAUUGAUUUUAUAAAAAAAUAGAAUUAGGUGUAGCUUAAAGUAUAAAUGAGUCUCUUUAAAAAUGUGUAUCUGGAAGUAGGUCUAAUAAAGAAAUCCUUUUAUUUUCAAAGAAAUGAAUUUAAUUGGACAACUCAUCCCCAAUUACAGAACUGAUAUCAAUAUGGUUUGCUGUAUUUGAGUAUAAACAGCUCAGUGUUAAUUAUAUCAAAGGAAGUUCUUUACAUCUUCAUUGAUUACAAAAUUUACCAAAGAAAAUGUAUCUACCAAAUAUAAUUUUUAAAGUACUUGUUAAGGAAUGAAGCCUCUUUAACAUAUAAAGUAUCUUAAAAAUAUUCUCUGACCUGGAAAAUAGGUUUACAGUAGCUACAAGAUUCCAUUUUAGGUUUUCUUAUGUCAAUAAAUGUCAAUAUUUUACACUUCCAGCAAAAGUACCUGUUAAAGACUAAAUCUAAAUAUUAUUCCUCAUAGCAGUUUCUGGUCUCCUUAAAUUAAGGAUCCUACUCAUCAGGAUUGAAUAAAAAGGGGGAAAUUCCUAAAAUUGGUAUAUUGUAUAAUAUUGUGGGUUAAGUAAAAUUUAGGGGGGCAUUAAGGAAAUGUACCUAUUUUAAAGGGCAGUGGCAAUUAUUAUAAGUAUAAUAUUGGUUAAACUGGUAAAGUUUGUUAAAUAAUUUAUGUCCAUGAUCACUCUGAGUGUUUUUUUCUUUGCAGAAAUACAGGAUUGGGUUAAGAAAAGCUAAAAUACUCAUUUUUUAAAAUGUAUAGCCCAAUAAGAACUAAGUAAUUUAUUUCAAAAGUUAAAUAAUUUUUUUGGAAGUCAUGAAAUGUAUUUGCAUAUCAAUGUUCCAAACAGGUUUUAUGUAUUGUUUUUUAUAGCAGGGAGUAGUUGAAAAGUAAUAUUGAUUAGCUGUCUUGGAAAGAGAGGAUUGGCUUUCUAACAAUCACUGAUACAGGUUUGGGUUUGGGUUUGGGGGGGUUUGUUUGUUUGUUUUUAAGUUUUAUCAUCCAUACUGAAUUGAGAGAUAUGCUCCAUGUUUAAAAAUAUUUGUAAUAAGUUCAUCUACUUGACACUGAAUCUUUUUUAUUCUUACUCUAAAAUUAUUCUGGCUUUACAUUCAGUUUAAGUGGUUAAGUGAAACAGUUUUUUUUUUUAGGGUGCAAAAAUUAUUUUCCCACUGUUUUUCUCAUGAUAAUUUGGGUCUUCUGAGCUAUAAUUUCUGAAGGAUUUUUACUACUUUGGCAUUAUGUAAUCUGAUCUCUGUCACAAUGAUAGUAAAUAAGAACUAUCUCACUUUCAUAUGUUUGCUUCAUAAAAGGAUAUGGAAUGUACACAUCAGCUCUUUUUUUUUUUUUUAAACCAGCAUCAACCUAUAACUUGGUAUAAACUUCCCAAGUAUUUAGAGAAUAGUGCUGGUGAAAAUUUAAAUAGGAUAGGCAUAUAGAAAUUAUGACUUGUAUUAAGUGAUGUCCUUUCAACCUAGGACUAGUGACAACCUUCAUUUUUUCAGAGCUGAAGAAAAAACCGUGAAUUUAAGAUCAUAUUUAUUGGUGCAUGUAAGCCAUUAUCCUGUCUUAAUGAACCGAUUAAUGCUGUUGAUUGUUGAAAUGUGAAAUGUAGUCACUGUUGACCUUGUAAAUAUCUGCCAGAGAUGAAAAAAUAUUUUAAGUUAUUGUAAAUAAAGAUGUAUAAAAUUCAGUAUCAGUCUGCAAUGCAGAAACAUAUCUUAGAUGUUAAAAUACUGUGUUUGAGAGAUGUGUAAUUUACCCUUAGAUGUAUCUAGUUACAUUAAGAGUGUAAAUUUUUUUGUACAGUAUAAAAAUACAGCUCUAUUUGGCUUUUAA